UAAAAAAAAUGACAUGUUAUUGAGGGGGUGACCCCAAACUUUUGAUCGGUACUGUACAUCAUUUUUGGUUCAGCGUGGUAAAAUCUGGUUCACCAACCCUAUCAGAUGGUUAAUAUUCUACCAACAACCUAUUAAAACUCUAUAAAUUAUUCUAGUAACAUUGUCUUUAGGAAUCAACGACGAGUGAACGUACAACCACGCACAACAUCAGCACAUAUUAGCCGCCGAUGAGUGAGUGCAUCAAUUAAUUCAUCACAACUUAUAUUUAAAUAGAACCUUGAUGGCGUCCCAUUGACUCACUUGCUACUCAUAGCCCUGGCAAAAUGGUACAACCUGUGAUCGUUCUGCUGCUCCUCCCGGUCAUCGUGUAUCUGGUGCAACGAUGGAGGCUACGCCGUUUCAAUCGGAUAUCUUCCGAGCUGCCGGGACCCACAAACUAUCCACUCAUCGGAUCCGGUCAUCUGCUUAUUGGAAAGUCCAAAGAGCAGCAGUUUGCUUUCCUGAACAGUAUCACCAGACAAUAUUCGUCGCCGUGUCGAGGAUGGCUCGGUCCUGAACUUUUCGUUUUCAUCGAUAAUCCAGAGGACUUGCAAGUGGUAUUGAAUUCACCAAAUUGCUUGGAGAAGGCCGACGCUUAUCGAUUUAUAAGAAGUCUGAGAGGACUGCUCACCUCGCCGGUUAGUGUUUGGAAGGUUCACCGAAAAUUACUGGCGCCGUGUUUCAGUCCGUCGAUUUUGUCCAGUUUUAUGCCAAUUUUUAACGAAAAGUGUAAAGUAUUGGUGGAAUGCGUUGGGAAGAAUACAGAACUAGCAGAAUACGAUCCGUAUGCCGACGUUUCGAGAUGUACCUUGGAUAUGAUUUGUGCGACGUUUUUUGGAACUAAAAUGAAUUUACAAAACAGCGAUGGAACAGAGUUCAUAAAAAUUGUUGAAAAUUGUUGUGAGCUGAUUAAUCAUCGUAUUUAUACCGUUUGGUUGCACCCGGAAUGGAUUUAUCAAAAAACCAAAUACUUCCAGGAAGAGAAGAAAUACUUUGACAAGUUCUACAAAAUAUUGAACAAAAUUUUGUCGGAACGAAAAACAUUUCGAAAAGAGAAAAGUUCUGAAAACAACGAAAAUGUGAGCCUAAAGAAGCCACUGAUUUUCAUCGAUCAAGUUCAAAAACUAUCCGAAGAAGCUCGAGUAUUUGACGAUGUUGAUGUCCUAGAUGAACUCAGUACCAUAAUAGUAGGAGGAAACGAAACCUCGGCAUUGACCCUAACCCAUGCGAUACUAUUGUUUGCCAUGCACCAAGAUGUGCAGGAAAAAGUGUACAACGAAAUUGUGAACGUUUUAGGGAGCUCUGACCCAUCAAUUCCCGUUAACAACGAACACCUUUCCAAGCUAAGCUACAUGGAGAUGGCGUUAAAAGAAUCCAUGAGAGUGCUCCCUAUCGCAGCAGUGUUCGGUCGAAAAUGCACGGCACCGACUCGCAUAUCAAAAACCACCAUUCCGGACGGUGCCAACCUUGUUCUGGGAGCUUUCAACCUACACCGAAACCCCAAAUACUGGGGCCCCAACGCGGACCAAUUUGAUCCCAAUAAUUUUCAUCCCGACCUAGUUGCGGAGCGCCAUCCAUACUCGUUCUUGCCGUUUAGUGGCGGACCACGUAACUGCAUUGGCUACAAGUAUGCCUUUAUGGCGAUGAAGAUAAUGCUAUGUUAUUUGUUGCGCGCGUAUCGAUUCCGAUCGCCGUUGAGAUUAAAUCAGCUGCAGCUGUCAAUGAAUAUUACUUUAAAAAUUACGAACAGGAACAUGAUGACGGUGGAGAGAAGGAGCAAUUAAGCGUUGUGUAACGCUUACCAGAACAGAUUUUGCACACCAUUGAGGUGCGGGCGAUAAUGGGUCAGCUAGGUGGGAAUGGGUCAAAGCUUAACCAGGAGGUUGUUGAGUAAUGAAUGUGCCGGUAAUGUAUUGGAAAUAAAUUAUUUAUUUCACCAGCUCCGGGAAAACAAAAUUCAC